UUGGCUCAUUCGUAUUACUCAUGCGCGCCUGUUUAGACGUGCGCGUUAGUGCUCCUAUCGUGACAUUUACGUACCUAACCUCUCAAAAAAAGAACUGUCCACGUGAAAAUUUUCAACAUUAUAUUAAAUCGAUUUUUUUUAAGUUGAUAAACAAAAAUACAAAAAAGGCAUUUUUAAAUUGUUGGUGUACUGAAUAUGUUAGACAAGGCGAAGAUCGAACAACAAAUCCAACAGCAAGGCGACCUGGUCAGACAAUUAAAAGCUGCAAAGGAAAGUAAAGAGAAGUUGAGUGGUUUUCCAAACGUUUAAAACGCGAUGAUCCAUAAUUACGGUUUACGGUUUGUUGGAUUUCUGUCACGGCCUUUGUAUUCAAGAAAGUUAAGAACGGUUGUUGUUGCCACACUUUCAAAUCAAACGCAACAGAUCGCCGAAGAAGUUGCAAAACUCCUUGAAUUAAAAGCCCAAUUAAAAAUCGAUGAUGAUCCGACCGAGGCGACUGUGGGCCAAAAGUUCAUUCUCAAAACCCCGAAAGGAACCCGAGACUAUGGCCCCCAACAAAUGGCCAUCCGCCAAUCUGUCCUGGACAAGGUGAUCUCGGUUUUUAAGCGUCACGGAGCCGAAUCGAUAGACACUCCCGUUUUUGAACUUAAGGAAGUAUUGACUGGGAAAUACGGUGAAGAUUCCAAAUUAAUUUACGACUUGAAAGAUCAGGGAGGUGAGAUUUUAUCGUUACGAUAUGAUUUGACUGUCCCCUUUGCGAGAUAUUUGGCAAUGAGUAAAAUUCAAUCAAUUAAGAGAUACCAUAUAGCGAAAGUUUACAGAAGAGAUAAUCCUUCGAUUACAAAAGGAAGAUAUCGGGAAUUUUAUCAAUGCGAUUUUGAUAUAGCAGGAACUUACGAUCCAAUGAUUCCGGAUGCGGAAUGUGUAAAAGUAGUUAAAGAAAUCUUGGACGUGUUGGAGAUUGGAAAUUACGUUAUUAAGCUGAACCACAGAUUUUUGUUGGAUGGGAUGUUCGAGGCAUGCGGGGUACCAAAUGAUAAAUUUAGGUCAAUUUGUUCUGCCGUAGAUAAAUUAGAUAAGUCACCUUGGGAAGACGUUAAACAAGAAAUGGUUCAAGAGAAAGGUCUCUCCGAAUUGGCCGCAAAUCAAAUCGGCGAAUACGUACGUUUAAACGGUAAAAUGGAAUUGGUCGAAAAAUUGCUCGCCGACGAAAAAUUAAAAACCAGUAAAACGGCUGUAGCAGGUUUAGAAGCAAUGAAACUCAUCUUAAACUAUUGUAAACUUUACAAUACUUAUGAUAAAGUCUCUUUCGAUCUUAGUUUGGCCAGAGGACUGGAUUAUUAUACGGGAAUCAUUUACGAAGCAGUAUUAUUAGGAAAACCGGAGGAUGGUCAAGAUGUUUCCGUUGGUUCAGUCGCCGGUGGUGGUCGUUACGACAAUUUAGUCGGAAUGUUUGAUCCGAAAAACAAACAAGUUCCUUGCGUUGGAGUUUCGAUUGGAAUCGAACGAAUCUUUUCCGUUCUAGAAGCGAAAAUUGCCACAUCCAAAGAAAAAGUACGUACAACGGAAAUUCAAGUCUUCGUUGCUUCAGCCCAAAAAAAUCUGUUCGAACAUCGUAUGAAGCUUUGCAACCAACUUUGGGAACAAGGUUUUAAAGUAGAGCACUCUUACAAGAAAAAUCCUAAAUUAUUGGUUCAGUUGCAAUAUUGCGAAGAGCAAGGAAUUCCUUUGGUGAUUAUUUUAGGGGAGUCUGAAAUCGAGAAAGGAGUAGUAAAACUAAGAGAAGUAACAACAAGAGUAGAAGUUGAAGUCAAAAUGUCUGAUUUGGAAGAAGAACUUCGAAAAAGAAUACAAUUUUGAUGAUGGGAAAGGAUUAAGUUAAUUGGAUUUUAAAUACGAAUUUUUUAAGAGCAUUUAUUUAUUUUCAUUUCUUAAUCUCUCUCUUUGUUAGUUAACCUUAUGUAAUAGUACUGUAGUUAUAACAAAAUAAAAUCAUUGAGGGAGUUAA